AUGAAACACAAUAGUUGCAUUGAUUUUCUUAAAAUUAACUUUUAUAACAAAAGAUUAUUUUGGUUAAUUGUCAUAAGUGCUUCUGGAUGGAAUAUGGCUGCAAUAUUUAUACUUAUAAUGGCCAGAUUUCAUACAGACUUAACGAGCAUCGGAGUAACAACGAGCUAUAUUCAUUGGACAAACACUUUUCCAUCGGUUAGCAUAUGUUUGGUGAAGAAUAGGAUAACUGAAGAUUUUGCAGAAUUCAUCCAAGAACGCAUUCCUGGAAACGAAACCCAGACAGCUAUUUAUCGUCGAAAUAUCUUCGACUAUCUGUUUUUAAGCCCUGAGAACAUGAAUAUUAAAGAAGCAUAUUGUCGGGGCUAUAAUUCAACAUGUGGCGUUGAUAUAAGAAUUUUGAGAAGAGAGUUGCUACCGCGUUCUUGUAAAAAUAUAAUUAAGGUUUACUAUUCGGAUGCUUUGGUGCCUGACUGCGAAACAAUAUUCAAAUUUCAUGAGCUGGAAAUGGGAUACUGUUUUUUGGCCAACAACUUAAUGGAUUAUGAUAAUAUGGAUCUGUUACCCUUGAAAUUCUCAAGUACAAAACAUCAUCCGAUACUCAAAUUAGUAAUGCAAGGUCAACUAAUAUUCAAAUAUCAAGUAUAUGUUCAUAGUCCCGAGGACGUGCCUUAUUUCAAUGCAGUGAGAUUUCUUACUACAAAUAAGAUUACUGCGCACACCUUUAAUAUUGAGGAGAUGCAGUACAACGCUGAUGUCAUUGAAGUAAACGUUGAUCAACGUAUGUGCAAAUUUCCUUCAGAAAGCAGCAAUUCCCAUUUCGUUUACAGCUUUUCCAGUUGUAUGUCUCAGAUAAGAACAAACAUGGAAAUGAAAGCAUGUAAUUGUACUUUAUUUAAUCCUUUAACGGAUAAAAAUGACUGCUCUAUGAAAGGAAUCAAAUGUUUAGAGGAAGCCGAUAUUUCAGAACGUGUGAAGCAGUAUGUGGGAGCCAAUUUAGUUUGUUUGCCCUCGUGCGUGGAACAACAAAUUAGCCAUGUUGGAUCAGUUGAAUAUAAUGGAGUGCAUGAUGAUUACAUUGUUGAAAUAGAAAUUGCCAGUACACCUUCUGUUAGAUUCCAUCGCAGUGUUACGCAAACCACAUUGGAUCUCAUAGUUGCGAUUGGGGGAGUUAUUGGCCUUUUUAUCGGUGCAUCUUUGCUAAAUAUUUUGGAACUAGUCUCAAUGAUUCUUCGCAAGUUAAAAUAUUUGUUUUCCAAUUGAAAUUAUUAAAAAUAAGUGUUGUGGCUUGUGUACCUGUACCUGCUCGAAAAAUUGGACAAAAAACUUUCUGAAUAAGGUAUUUUUUUAUUCUUUAA